UUAAUAUUUCCAAUAAGCGAAACGCAGCGUUUUGGUCUAUGGUGUCCUCUGGCUGCAAAAGAGCCUUCGACGAUGGUUUCGCUGUGUGAGCAGAGAGCAGCGACAUCGAGUCCCUGGAUGAAGUGCAAGCCAUGCUGGCGGCUACCCUCUCUUUCCCUUCACCAAUCUCUGCAUAUUGUAAAACCUAUCAAAGCUUGGACCUCAGCCUCAGAGCAUCAAUCGUCAAUUAUCCUCUUGCAAGCAGAAUCUUCGUCAGAAGGGUGGAAUUGGGGACCAAGUGGCUUACUGGUAGAAAUCUUUUUGUAUUAGAUUUGCCAUAUUCCACCAAAGAAAGCUGUUUGCAGAAGGAAUUUGCAAAUUUUGGCCAAAUAGCUAAAGUUAAGCUUGUCAAGGAUGAUUUCACAAAAAGAUCAAAAGGAUAUGCAUUUAUUCAAUAUACCUCUCAGGAUGAUGCAAUGCUCGCUGUAGAGAACAUGGAUCAACAGGUAUUUGGUGGCAGGCUGAUAUAUGUUGAAAUAGCAAAACCUGGGAAAGACAGGUUCAGAAGAUAUCCUAAAACCUCAGGACCCCCAACGGAUAAGCAGCACUUACAAGAAACAAAUGACGUGGCAGACUGCUGGUACUAAUCAAAUCCAGUUUAAUCACAAGAAAAGUUGUGGGACAAAAGGUGACGUCCUGAAUGACAGCACCAAGUAGCACUACCAUUCAAGAAGAAUUAUCUUGUUAAGUUGGUUUGCCAGGCAAGUGUUGAAUUAUUAUGGCUUCUGGCUGAAAUUGCUGCUUAAUCAAAUAAACAAAAAGGGUGAUACAGUUUUCAUGACAGUUCUAUCUGUCCUCCUUAAUGUGAUAAGGGAAUUUCCACAUGAAUGCCUAUUGUUCUUGAUUAAAGUUACUGGUUUUGCGUUUAAUACUUAAAAAGAAGAUAGGUCUGUGUUUUGUGGCU